CUGCCUUCCUCAUUUCUGUGUUUUCUGAGUCAGCAUUAGCUAAAUUUUCCAGAAAGCUAUCCACAAAGUGCAGCCUGAGCAUCGAGGGACGUCACUCAUUUCCCCCAGUGACCUUGACAAGUCAGAGGCUUGAAAGCAGGGAAAUCCGGAUGUCUCAGUUAUGAAGUGGAGCAGUGGGGGCCCCAACAUAUUUCCAGAAGUCUCCAUCCAGACUGGUGAUCGUGUGCUUGUGUGACUGCCAGUGGCUGUCUGAGGCGUUUCUCUGGCUCUGAAGGGGUUGGCACAAUGACCAAGUGCUACAGCCUGGUGUUGCUUCUUGCCUCCAUCUGGACCGCAAGGCUCUUGGUCCAAGGCUCUCUCCAGGUACAAGAGCUUUCCGUCUCAGUGGUAUGCAGAAUCAUGGGAGUCACCCUUGUGGACAAAAAUGCACCCAGCCACCUGAACUUCACAGAAGCCCAGGAGGCCUGUAGGCUUCUGGGACUAACUUUAGCCAGCAAAGACCAGGUUGAAGCAGCAUGGAAGUCUGGCUUUGAGACUUGCAGCUAUGGAUGGGUCUCAGAUCAGUUCUUAGUCAUCCCUCGGAUUUUUGCAAACCCCAAGUGUGGAAGGAACGGAGUAGGCGUCCUGGUUUGGAGAAAUUCUAUCAGUAAAGGUUAUAAGGCCUUUUGUUACAACUCCUCUGAUACUUGGAUUAACUCAUGCAUUCCAGAAAUUACCACCACCAAAGAUCCCAUAUUUGACACUCAAAAUGCAACAUACACAACAGAAAUGAUUGGCAGUGACAAUAUACACUCAGCAUUAUCUACUGGUGUAACUUAUUCUACUAAACCUGCUCCUGUUCUGGCUUCCACUGCUCCACGAAAAAAGAAAUUAAUUUGCAUAACAGAAGUUUUCAUGGAAACUACCACUACAUCUACAGAAACUGAAUCACAUGUUGGAUAUAAAGCAGCAUUCAAGAAUGAAGGUGUUGGGUUUGGAGGUGUUCCCACGGCUCUUCUAGUGCUUGCGCUCCUCUUCUUUGCUGCUGCAGCUGGUCUCGCUGUUUGCUAUGUCAAAAGGUAUGUAAAGGCCUUCCCUUUUACCAACAAGAAUCAGCAGAAGGAAAUGAUUGAAACCAAAGUAGUAAAGGAGGAGAAGGUAGAUGAUAGCAACCCCAAUGAGGAAUUAAAUAAAAUGGACAAAAAGCCAGAAGAGCCCAAGAGUCCUCCCAAAUCUACAGUGCGAUGCCUGGAAGCUGAAGUUUAGAUGAGAAAGAAAUGAGAGAACACACCUGAGGCUGAUUUCUUUCCUGAUACAUAUCCUGACCCCAGAGGGGAAACUAAGAGAGCCAAAGAACCAGACAAGAAAGUGCAGCCUUGCCUCCUACCUGGAAUCACCUCAGGGGUACCUUUGGACUAUGUAGGCAACCACAGUGAAUUCCCUUCUUACUAUAAACCUUGCUGGGUCCUCUCCUCCUGCCUCCAAAGCUUCCCACAGCUUUUCUAGCCUCGUUAUGUCCUAAUUAUAUCCCAGUGGGAGAAAGGAGCUUUUCAAAGCACAAGGAUCUAAAACAGCUAACCAGAGCACAUUUGAAAAGAGGCCUCUGGGCUGGCUGAGAAUAGGUGAAUUGAGAGCCAAGAAGCCACAGAAACCAAGGCUUUCUCUAUUGAAUCCAGAGCCCAGAUCCCUUCCUCAGCUCUGAAAAGGAAAUAUUUAUACCACCUGGCAAGUUCUUGUGAGUCAGGCAAGAGCGAAAGAAGGAAAAGUUUAGCAACUGAAGGCCAUAGAAAUUCCCAUGACUUGAGACCUGAUCUCUGUAAAGCCAAAGUAAAUAAAGAAAGAGAAUGAGGUCGAGGAAACUGACAGCACAUUGUCAGCGGGGACCAUGACUACAGACAGGGUCAAAAUAUUCAUCUCUGAGUAACUGGAGUUGGAGUCACUUUUUAGAACACACACACAUUUUCUCUCUCUUCUGCUGCUCCCAUUUUUCUAAAUAGGAGCAGCAGAAGAGACAACUUCUGCUGUCUGCUGAUUAUAUUUUCAAAAAACCAGAAAUAUUUUCUUACAAAUUUCAAUUUUUAUCUGAGUUAAUUAUUAUUGAGGAAAAGUACUGUGUUAAAAAGCAAUGAAAUCUAACAAACAUUUGCUGAAUACCUACUAUAUAUCAGGCGCUGUACAAGGUAUUACAUUCUGUAAUUGAAUUCACUAAAAGUUGCAUAUAGUACAAUAUUGUCGAAGCUAAUUGUUUUGUUUUGAUAUCCCUAGCUUAUCCACUUCUAAAACUAUUUUUUCCUGAGACUAAUCAAUUAAUUUUCUCUAAUAUGGCAACUAUUAUAACCUUAAUUUAUUAUUAACAUAGCUAAAAAGUACUUUAUUACCUUUAUAUGCCAAUACACAUUUUAAUGUCAUUAAAAAAUGUAUCACUAGCUGUCCUUUCUCCAGGAAGAAGAACCUGAGAGGUGCAGAAUUAUCUAUAAAUAUUUGUGCCAAAAAUAAAAGGAUUUAGAAAACUCCUUUGCCCUCUUAUUUAAAUGGAUGUAUUAUGCUUUUCAAGCAAAAUAAAAGUAAUCUGUUUGCAAAAGUAAGAGACAACUAUGGUCGUCGGACUACAAAUAGGUGUAAACCCAGUAGUAUAUGCGUCACUAUGUGGGACUGUUCUUGUUUUAUGGUCUUAAUUUUAAGUUAAGUACCCACACACACGAGAGUCCUUGCCUUAGGAUUCAAGUCCUACAUUCCAAUCC